AUGUCGACUGAAACAUCCACCUCCGACAACACUGAGAUAUACAGGCAACUGGAGGUGUACCCCUGGGAUACAGAUAAGGAGUUUCAGAUCGGACUCACUGCAAUCCUCGGACCCAACCCGUCACCAUCACAGAUCCACGACCUCACGCUCCGUGCUCAGUGUUACUACCUCUCACGCAAGAAGUCCACGCCUAUCGACUUCGAGGGCUACAAAAGCUACCUCUUGUCCAAGUCAUCUACAACUCCAAACCCGCCCGUCGAUUCUACCUCCACCCAACCCGAACUCUCACAUCAACCUACCACUUCACCUCCUCAAACUCCCGAAAUGGCUCUUCAAAGUACUCCCCACCACGAGCCUGAAGUCGAGCAGAAGACCGCUCCCUACCCUCCAACCUUCGCCCAAAUCGUCGCCUUGAUCACCUCCAACCAACCCAUCCCCGGCAUCAAGGAAAUUCCUAAUAUACUCUCGACUGAGAUAUCCGAACCGAAGCUUCCGAAGCGUCGCAAGCCGUGGGAGAAGGACGUUCCGGAGGAUGUCAUUCAAGGUAGAGCUGGUGGGACCUUUGGAGACCACAGGGAUGAGUACAUCAAGCAGGAGUUGCCUGAAGCGUGA